UGCUUGUCAGGAACUUCGAAGGGCAGAGGACCGGGCACCCCCGGUGUAUUUAUUCAGGAGACUGAGAGAUCAUGUUUCUGUAGAGUCAGCUCCAGGGCCUAAUACUCUUCCGUCCUAGUUUGAAGGGCCUUAGACUGGCGACGCAGGGGUUCGAACCUGUGUUCUGCUCGUUACUAGCCUUUGCGUCCAAAGAUGCGUCACCCAAACUUGGAACUUGAGCUUUCUCCCUGAAAUGGGAGAUGACGGUAUGCGUGGUGUCGCUCUCCUGAGGGUCGGCUGUGGUCGUGAAGGUGAACACGAGAGGCUGGCUCGGUUCGGUGUCGUUAUUAAGAAACUCACGCCGGUUCCCUAACCUGGGGAAGAGGUGUGUUGUGCUUUCAGAGUCAGGUCCUGAGUCAGAAGCGGAACUAGAGCAGCAGAUGAGAAGGCGUCUCCAGCCUGCCGGAGCUCACGUUUCCGCGGGGCAUCGGGGCAUCGGGCGGCAAGGAGCGAGUACGUGCUGUUAUUUCAGACGGCGGAUUAAAUUAAAAGGAUUUACCAUACAUCUUAUGACUCUUUACUGGAGCCUUGGGAGAUAGAUAUGUUUUCUAUAAAUGGAGCAUAGUUGGAUUUCAUAGUUGGAUUUUUUAACCUAAUGGGAGGAACCUUUGUCUUUUAACAGAUAAAGAUGAAUGUCAUGUCUCAGCCAACACUGAAAAUGUGAAGUUUAGAAGACAUUUGCUAAGUCGAGUCACCUCAUGCAAAUUGUUAUUCAAGUCAAAGACAUCAUAAUGCAGAGUGCUGUAGCGGUACCACCAAAAGAUCAAGGUGAAUCAAACAGCCCUCCUGGAACGAUUCGGGGUGGGAAGGGUCUGCAGGGUAAGAGUCAGUUUCGAACCAUCGCUCCAAAACUUGCGCCCCAAGUCCUGGCGCCCCGAGUGCCCCCGGGCCCGGCGCCCUCCCUCUCUGACCACGCGCAUCCAGGCCCCUCCCUCGGCUCGAAGGCGCUGGGGAUGCCCCCCCCGAAUUACGCGCUGAUGCAGGUGGCCGGCCAGGAGGGGACCUUCUCUCUUGUCGCUCUGUCACAUGUCGCCUCGGCCCAGCCGCUCCAGAAACCCAGACUGCCUCUGCCCAGGGACCUGAAGCUUCCCAUCCCCCGGUACCAACGCCCAGGACACGGCAGCGGCGCGAGGAAGAAACCGGGGUUCAGCUCCUCCGACAGGGGCUGUAGCCAAGCUCCGGCCCAAACCCAAGCGGCCCCGCCCCUGCCUGAGCAUCCCGAGGCCCCGCACAAGCCCAGCCCACCCAAGCCGGCGCUGGCACCCGGCUGGGCCCCGGCCUCACUGACCGGUGGGGGUGGCCAUGGAGACCCUGGGCCCCCAGGGACCAGCGACCACGGAGGUCGGGGCCCUCCCGCCGGCCCAGCGCUGCCCACUCCGGAGGAGCCCUCUGCCGAGCGGGGCCCCCCGAAGAGUUCAGGGAGGGCAGGCGUUGCAGGCAAGAAGCCCUCCAGGAGGCCUGCCGUUGCCAGGGGAGAACUUAGAGAACAGGUCGACCUUGGUCGAGCCGCGACCCAGUUGUCGCCAGGCGUUACUGGGAGCGCGGUUCAGGAGGUCUCUUCCAGCCCCAGAGGUAAACUGCCCGUCCUGCCCGACUCGAGAACGAGGGCGUCGCAAGUUUACGAAGGCGGAGCAGCUGUGAACGCUGCGCAUGUUUCUCUCCCUGGGCUCAGGGCAGCCGCUGAUGAGACCUCGCCCACCGCGGAAGGCUUCUGUCCGGCCCCCCAGGCGGCCGGCGGGGGACCUGUCCCACAGGCGUCGCGGCAGAGCCCCUGCGACAGGGCCUGCUGUCCGGCCACCGAAGCCGACCUCAACCACAAAACAAAACCGAACGGCGGGGCAGCCGAGAGAAGAGGAAGAAAACGGAAGGCCCCGGAUGAACGUCUGACCUUUCAGGGCAGAAGGAGGCAAUGUGCCAUUAGUAAGUGUAAAGAUGGCAAGGAAAGAGCCAAAGCCGACCGCCAGGAAUCCAGGGACCUAAAACCUGGGGCUGUGAAAAAGUACCGCAGCAUCAUGCCCAAGCCUGUUCUGGCCCUGCCGGCUCCCCCGGCCUCGCCCGCGGCCACGUCACAGCCGCCCGCGCCCGGCAGCCGGGGGCGCGCGUCGUUCACUCACCCCCUCGCCGCCCCCAAGCAUCCGGGCUGCAGGCAGGACGACGGCCCCUCCCCGAAGCCCGGCUCGGCCUUCAGAAGUGGGCCCUGCGGCCUCCAGAAGCCUCGGCACGGGUGCCACGUGUGCGAGCGCGCCUUCCAGCCCACGCAGCACCCCCGCGAGCGCGCCCGCACGCACAGCGACCGCCGGCCCUACAGCUGCCGGCUCUGCCGCAAAGCCUACGUGCGGCCGGCCGGCCUGAGCGCACACGUGCGGCUGCACCACGGCGACUCCUGGCCCCGGAGGCUCGCGUGCUGUGAAUUCUGCGCGAAGGCGUUCGGCCACGUCAGGGUCUACUUCGGCCACCUGAAGGAGGUGCACGGGGUGGCCGUCAGCACCGAGCCCUCCGCCCGCGGGCCGCAGCCGCAGCCGGGGGACCUGCGGAGGACCGGGGAGCAGACUGCCCGAGGGAUGCAAGGGCCGGUGGACAGGGAGACCAAGUCCAGCCUGGAGGAAGCCCUCCUUCUAAACCAGGCUGAUGAGGUCAAAUUCCACAUCAGAUGCGGCCGCUGUCAGAUCACUGCCCAGUCUUUUGCUGAAAUCAAGUUCCACCUGCUUUACGCUCAUGGCGAGGAAAUCCAGGGCCAGUUGCAAGAGGAGACCUCACCCUCCGCGGGAAGCAGGGGAGCUCAGGGAGAAGUGGUUCAGCAGGCUACUCCUUUCUGGAAACACCCUGAGAGAAGAAAGCAGCUUAAGCACCGUCCCUUGGACGGGGAACUCUGUGCGAUCCCCAGAUUGAAAAAGCAACUCUACCUCCGUCAUCAGAAUGAUGUGGAGAUGCUGGCGAAACAUGAAGGAGCCCAGCCAGGACCCAGUGAGCCCGGAGGACACCCCCAGGGCCCCGACGCGGCCCUCUGCCUGCCCCAGCCUGGCUUUAACUGCGUCCUUUGUGCCCAGACGCUGGGAAGGAAGGAAGAGCUGCUCCUGCACUGGGGAGAGCAGCACAGGUGCGAGGACCCUCCGAAGCUCUGGCCGAUUCUCUGCGCGCUCUCCAGCCAGGGGGCGCUCGAACCUCCAGCGAACCGGAAAUGAGGCGGGGAGCCGAGGCGAGGGGGCGUUUUCUCUCCGCUGCCUCUGUUCCACGGUGGCGCUUAGCACCAAAAAUCCAACAGGUGAGGGUCAGCGUUAACGAGCAGAAGUGAGUUUGUACAGUUUUAUUUUAUUAUGAAAUAUGUAUGUACAUAUGCCCUUGAUGCAUAUUUUUCUGACAUAAUGCAGUUUUGUUUUAAAAUUCUAUGUCCUGUUAGUAUCUGAGACUUUAUUUCA